GCUUUGGCUCAGCCGAAGUCUUGGAUCCAAGAUUGCAAGCAUAAACAUACGGAAUGCAACAUGAUUGCGAUAGAUUCGAAGUGGUACCCGACGCGCCUCAUCGAUGUUGGCCCUCUGGAAAUGUCAGAAAACGCCGAAACCCCUUGCCGCCUGGUCAACACCAGCGAUGAAUCAAUCGGAGGCCCUUACUUGACCCUCAGUCAUUGUUGGGGCGAGGCUAAGAGUCUCAUUCUGACAAAAAGCAACGCUGCCCAGUUCCAUAAAAGUAUUGCUUCAGAUGACCUACCGCUCCUAUACUCAGAAGCAGUCAAGGUGGCUAAGGAACUUGGUAUACGAUACCUAUGGAUCGAUGCUCUCUGUAUAAUUCAAGAGGGAGACGACUUUGCAGAUUGGCGCCACGAAUCGACACUCAUGGAUAAAGUGUAUUCUCAUGCAUUUUGCAAUAUCUCUGCCAUGUCUGCCAAGGACAGCGAGGAUUGUCUAUUCAGCAACCGCAAUUCUGAAGCUUCACAACUACCAGUCAUUUGGCGAGAUGUUGAAGGCCGAGCAAGCCCGGCGUUUUUGGUCGACGCGCACUUCUGGUCCAGUGAGGUUCGGGGGGCCUUGGUAAACACCAGGGCCUGGGUACUUCAAGAACUACUUCUUUCCCGACGCAUCUUGUUUAUCGGCGAGCGCCAGGUGUUAUGGCAUUGCCGGUCAACUCGCGAGGCUGAGGUAUGGCCCCCUAAUACCCCUAUCGACGAUGUCACCGAAUUGGGCCGCAUCGAAGAUCUCCCUCUUGGCUGUGGCAGUGCUCGCCACAAGCCCAACGACAGACGCAACGCAUAUCUUUGCUGGCAUGACAUUGUCUCGAGAUACACUCGCUGCAAAAUCAGCUUUCCCAGUGACAGACUGAUCGCCCUUUCUGCAGUGGCAAAGGAGAUGAUGCCAGUGCUUGAGGAUGAGUACGUUGCAGGCAUGUGGCGUCGCCAUCUAGAAAGCGAACUUAUUUGGUGGAGCUUUUUCCCUUUUGAACCCUCUCCCAGUCCAUCUGAUCAGCUUUAUCGGGCUCCCAGUUGGUCCUGGGCCUCAGCAGAGACUGAGGUCGUACCAGGCCGACCCUACAAGGAUUGCAAGGUAGAUCGUUUCAUUGAGGUUGAAGAUUUUCAUCUCGAACAUGUCACUGGCGAUACAACAGGUCUAGUUUCUGAGGGAUGGCUACGUUUAUGGGGACGGCUGAAGCAAAUCAAGCUUUCACCCUCUGGAGACUGGCGACCGGAAGGGCACCGCGAAGCCUGGAAGAUGGUUUCCCGGGUCAAACGUCAAGACGGAACGCUUUGGUCAGUGAGGUUGGAUAAGUUUCACGAUAAUUUUGAUGAGCAGAACGCUAAAUCGACGCUUUACUGCAUGCCAGCUGAAUUGGAGUCUUGGGAAGCUGGCAAAAGCUCAUUUGGAGCCGAGGCGUAUGAAUAUCUCUAUGUCGUGCUGCUGGAACUGCAGGACGAAAGGCGGGGCGUCUUUAGGCGACUUGGAGUAGCUUCUGCCUACGGGGCGGCAGGAGAGACAAAGAACAGUGUUCUAGCUCGCGAAGAGGGGGACGGUAAGUUUUCCUGCGAAGAGUAUCGCGAUGGAAAGCACUUGAUACGUAUCAUUUGA